AUGGGUCUAAGCCAUAACUUGAACACUCUCUUUUUCUAUGAAGACGGUACUGGUGGUAUUUUUGACGAGCAAGGUCAGGAAGCACCGAGUUACGUCGAGGAUAAAUCAUUUCGCUUGAAAAAAUUGACAGAUCUCCGAAAGUAUAUCAAAAGCCAAGAAGUUCAGGUUGAGAUGAAAGAGGCUGAGCCUAAGAAGGAAAGAGAUCUGCAACAUAACGUUUAUACGUUCGAAGAUCGCAAGUAUUAUUUUUAUUUCUUAAAGGAAAGACUCAUGAAACCAAAGCAAGCAGCCAUAGCAGCCAAUGUCAAUUACCACACUGCUUGCAAGUGGAAACAAACAUAUGAGGAUGAUCCUGAGAGAAGUAUCUCAGUUAAGAAAACCAAUAAAACCAUUUAUAGAAUAGCCAGCCAGCUAAAUGAAGCCCAUAAGUCUCAUUUAAUCAAUUUUUUGACGAGGACUUGA